AUGAAAAAAGUAGUCAUCGUAACUGGAGUUUCAAGAGGUAUCGGCAAAUCAAUUGUCAAGCAAUUACUAUCAUUAGAUUCUGAAACAAUUGUCUAUGGUAUAUCAAGGAGUCCUAUUAAAGAUGGGGAUACUAUUGAAGAGGAAUAUAAAGAGAGAUUCAUUAAAAUUACAGGCGACAUUACGGACGAAUCGUCCAUUAAGGAGCUUAUUAAAGAAGCUUUAACUGCUCAUGGGAGAAUUGAUUCUAUCAUUAUAAAUGCUGGUAUCCUUGAACCUGUGGCAAAUGUCGGUGAAGUAGAUCUCCCUGCGUGGAAGAAGCUAUUUGAUGUAAAUUUCUUCAGUGCUGUAUCUUUAGUUUCUCAAUGUUUACCAUAUGUGGAUAAGAGUAAUGGGUCUGUUAUUUUUGUUAGUUCUGGAGCAAGUGUGAAAGCUUACUACGGUUGGGCUGCAUAUUCGGCAUCUAAAGCUGCAUUAAAUAGUUUCGCCAUGAGUGUAGCCUCAGAGAGACCCAAGAUUAAGACAAUUACUGUUGCUCCAGGUGUUGUAGAUACACAAAUGCAAGUCGAUAUUAGGGAGAAAUUCGGGCCUGAAUCAAUGACUAGAGAGUCCCUAGAAAGGUUCACUGAUUUGUAUAACGAGAAGAAAUUGUUAGAUCCAAUCAUACCGGCUACUAUCUAUGCGAAAUUAGCAAUCAGGGGUAUUCCCGAUGAAUUAAAUGGGAAAUAUGUAAGAUAUGAUGACCCAAGGCUCUCCUUUUUCUAA